AUGAAAAGUUCGUGGCAUAUUAUUGCUGCUAAAAAAUUGAUGGCAUUCAUAAACGGUAAAAAAAAUAAUGACAGAAUCGUAACACAUGUUAGAUACGGAUUUAUAAAAAAAAAUGACUCGAACAGGAACAUUCUAUUGUUAAAACAGUUUUGUUUCUGGCUGUCCACGAUAUUUAAAAAUCUUCUGCACUUUCGAGCUGAAGCAGGCGACGAAGUUUUAAGAUCUCAUCUUAUGACAGCUGCUAAAAAUGCAACAUAUACUUCACACAGAAUUCAAAAUGAAUUUAUAAACUUUAGUUUUGAAAUUUUAAGUGAAAAAAUUGUAUGGCGCGUCAACAAAGCUAAAUAUUUCAGUGUACUAGCCGACGAAACAACAGACAUCAGUGGUGUAGAACAGUUGUCUAUUGGCGUUCGUUUUGUGGAAUGUGACGAUGCAAAUAAAUAUUACACAAAAGAAGAAUUUUUGGGAUAUGUGCCUAUCGUUGCAAUGGACGCCAAGUCAAUUACACAAAUUACAAAAAUGGGGAAUAAAUUUGGAAAAUAUUGUAGGUCAAGGUUAUGA